GGUAUUGCAUUUAUGCCAAAGCAAACAGCUCAAGAAGCUAUGGCAGAAAGGAGGCAAAUUGUGAACCAGCAAGAGCAGGACACCAGUCAUGCAGUGGACAGUGGUGGGAGAGCAAGCCAAGAAGAAGAAUGCAGCAGCUCUGGAAAUUUACUCAUCUGGAUUUCAUUACCAAAGUCAGGCCAGGAAAAAGUAAGAAAAAUACGGAUCAUCUUUCCUCCAAAUGCCACAGAAUCUCAAGGGAGUUACCAAAUAUUGGAGUCAAAAAUAUGGAACUAAUAUAUCGAGGGAAGCGUCUGGAUAAGUCGAAAAGCCUGGCUCAACAAAAUCUAAAGAACAAAGGAACGGUUAUGGUCAGGCAGAUAAAUGAGGUUGAACGAGAAGAGACAUCAGAUCUGUCCAGAAUUAAAAAGGGAGCAGAAGCUUUGGCAAAACAAGGUGGAGAUUUUGAAGACCAUCACUUAAAACUAGUAAACCACAAAGGGGAAAUUAUUGAAGUUCCUGAAGAGAAACGAGUGAAAAUUCUGACAGCCUUGAUCCUGCAUGAAGUUGGCAGAUCUGAAUUGAAGAAAGAGAAUUACGAACAAGCGCUUAAGUAUUUAACAUUGGCAGAACUUGAAUUCAGCGAAUGUGAUGAGGUGCAUCUCAAGAGCAUUGACAACUAUGGAGUGCUGUGUCUAGAUAUGGUCUGGUGUAAUCUUCAGCUGCAGAAAAUUGAAUACCUUAAAGAUGCACGAGAAAAGUUAGAAAAUGCUCAGGCGUACUUCAACGAGUGCUUUGGAGAAAAUCAGGAACGACUCCGGAGACUUGAGGAUGACAGUGGGAGACAUCAGAUACUGUUCCUUCAGCUCUACGUGCUCUGGGGUGUGUGGUUUUAUUACAAGCAGAUGGAGAAAGAUGCUUUGAAAAACCUAGACCAGGCAGAAGAGCUACUAAAUAAGUUGAGAUUGAAUGAUUCAGAUGUGACUGACCUUGUAAAUCAGGGAUUCACCACCCGGGAAGCUCGACUUGCCUUGCGGGCCACUAUGGGCGACAUUGAAGAAGCCAAGGUGCACAUUAAUAAAAGAAGGGAGCAGAGAGCUCAGCAGCAAAGGAGAGAGGCAGAUGAAAGAAGGCAGCGCCUCAGCACACAGGCCACAGGGAGCAAUACAGAUGCGCCUGAGGAGAACGGGAGGUCUGAUCAGGGAAACCAGAAUUCACUCCUGAACGCAAAUCCCCCGCUGACCGCAGAUACAGUAACAUCGCUAACUUCUGAUGAAAACUCAUCUUCAGCCUCACCAGACCCUUCCUCACCAUCUACAGGUGCCCAAGGCAGCUCUGAGGAUGAUGAUGUUCUUCAAGAAAUCCUGGCAUUACUACCUAAGGAUAAUGACGACUACAUCAAUGUGACCUUGGAGGAAGAGGAAGCUGUCAUCCUUGAGUAUAAGGCCAAACUCAUUAAACAAAGCAAGCUAGAGGAAGCGGCCCCAUCUACCCCAAAGAAGGGAAAGACUGAGCCAGAGGUUGAUGCUCCCCCACGAGAUACCGAGAUCUGAACCUGACCCACAGCAGUUUCUGAUGAGCAGCAUUCCCCUAUUUCCCAUCUAUGUGCAGAAGCGUGAACAUGCACAGCUAAAUAUAACUUGUGCACAGCCUGCUUGUCCCCUGCUCUGAAAAAUUCCAAUUGCUGUGUGUCACUGAGCCGAGAGAUAACAUUGCUGAUGACCAGCCAACAUGUAUGAGUCCAAACCUCAUUUAGACGUCACCACAAACUUACAAAUAUGGCCCCACUGAUAAUCUAGACAAACUGCAAAAGUGACAAAAGGCUGUACACACACCCAUACUAUCACCUUCACCUCAUUUCACCAUCACUCCAUUACUUAGCACACCCUAUUUUCUCAGGAACACAUGACCCUCAUGAUUUUACUUCCCAAACUCUUAUCUGCUGGUGAAAUUUGCUAAUAAUGUAGCUAUUCUGUAAGUUUAUUCACACCUCCUUGUGAUUAUUGCAAAUUCUCCUCAGGUUCCACCACUUGGUGUCUUUCACUAGUUUGGAACUUCAUGAGAUUCUCUUCCUAACAGCAUUGUCUGUGCUGACAGCAGAUGGACUCCAAACAGCGGCUACCAUCACCACAGCCAGCUGAAGAGUGUAAGACAAAAAUGAACCUCCUCUGGCAUGGCACGGUGUGUCAGUGGUUCGCACUGCUGCCUGACAGUUUGAUUCCUCCCUCGGGCGAUAGUCUGUGUCCAGUUUGCACAUUCUCCCUGUGUCUGUAUGGGUUUCCUCCAGGUGCUCCGGUUUCCUCUCAACGUUCAAAGAUAAGAAGGUUAGUUGAAUUGGUCAUGCUAAAUUGCCCCAUGGUGUCCAGGGAUGUGCAGACUUGGUGGAUUAGUCAUGGGGAAGGCGGGAUUACAAGGAUAGGAUGGGGGUGUGGGUCUGGGUGUUUGCUCUUCAGAGAGUCAGUGUAGAUUUGAUGGACUGAAAAGCCUGAUGCUGCACUAUAGGGAUUCGCUGAUUCUGGUUUACCAUUGUCACUCUAGUUGGCUUCACAUCACCAACAGUUUUGCCAUUUAAUAUCUCCCAUCUUCAGCCUUAUCAAAGACCUUCCCAUUAUACCUUUUCACCAUCCUCACCCUUUCAUACGCUUCAAAUUGAUUUCAUUUCUAGCUUUUUCCCAGGACUGAUGUCAUCAAUGACGAGCCUGUUUCUCUCUGCAGAGAUGCAGGCUGCCUAAGCGUUUCCAGCAUUUCCACGAUUUUAUUUCCAAUCUCCAGCAUCAGCAUUAUUUUAUUUACUUUUCUAUUAGUGACAUUUUAUUAAUGCCAUUUGGACUUCCAUACCCUGCAAUACCCUUAUCAACAUGGUCUCUCACCUCAGCAGAAAAACAUUCAAGUUAGUUAGACAUGACCCAACAAUCCCUUCAGGUUUUUAUUAAUUAAUCCACCCUAGUCCUAGAUUAUCAUCUUGCCCCUCCCCACCACCAAGACUAAAUUAGCCCGUAUUUGCUGGGUUUAUUGUUACACACGUGUUAGAAUAAGGGUGUAACAUUUGCAAUUCUGUACUUUUCUGGCACCAUUCUGAUAUCAAAGGAAAUUUGGAAGAUUACAGCCAAUUCCUCCUUAAUUUUCCUCACGGCUCACUCUAAUUUCCAAAUAUCAAGUCACCUUGGACUGUUGGCUCUCUCCCUCUCUCACACACACACACACACACACACACACACACACACACACACACACUUGCACACACACUCGCAUGCACACACACACGCAAACAUGCACAUGAUAAGAAACACACAGAUGCUUACAGGCUAACACAGGAUCAGAAGCACAUAUAUUCACAAACGCACAUUUAAUUAAAAAAAGCGCAUUCACAGACACACAUAAAUUCACAAAUACGCAUGUUCACAAAUGCACACACUCGUAGACACACUUGCAAACACAGACUCUCAAAUAUGCUCACAAACACACAUGCACUCAGACAAAUAUGCUCACACGUAAACACACACGUGCACACAAACACUCACAAGCACACAAAUUUUCACAGACACACGCCUACUCACAAACACACACACAAAUGUGCACCCAUACAUAAACCCUACCAUGCACACACAUACCACACACACACACGCACGCAAUCUU